AAGCGAGCAUUUAAGAAGAACUGUAGCUGGUACUUUUUAACUUCCUGAAGUUUUCUAGCCUUCUUAUUUCAAAACGAUUUAUGCGAAGUUGCAAACUGAGGCCGCAUGUCCCUAUUCCUAUGCUAGAUUGCUGAUUCUGGUUGACAGACAAGUGAAAUGCUUUUUAGCUAGCGCUGCUUGUUGAACGCGACGCACGCGAUCGCGGGACGAACUUUAGAGAAUGCAGCUUCCAACGUCCUAUCACCCUAGCAAUGGCAGACGGUCUCAGCCAAGGAGCUACGUAGCUGCAUACCUUCGGCGCUUCCUGAAACCGAAGCAAUGGGACCUGGAAUACACGUUUUGGCUUAUGCUUCAGCUAUGUAUCUCUCCCAAGACAGCGUACCGACACACAGCGUACCAUAAACAAACGAAAAACCAGUGGGCUCGGGACGACCCGGCCUUCAUCGUGGUCUGCUGCGUGCUGCUGGCAAUAGCGAGCCUGGCGUACUGUGUUGUGUUUGGUGACUCGGCGUGGCAUGCCGUACUAACGGUGCUCUCGGUCGUCUUGGUGGAUUUCUUGUUGCUAGGAGUCGCCAUCGCAACCACUUGCUGGGUAAUAACGAACCGCUUCCUGCGGAAACGCAACCUGCACCACCACCAAGUGGAGCAGCACGUGGAGUGGUUGUACGCCUUCGACGUCCACUGCAACUCGUACUUUCCGCUGUUCUUGUUAUUGUACGUGCUGCAGUUCCUGCUCAGUCCGGCGCUGUUGUGGCGCAGUUUCCUGUCCUCCGCGCUCUCCAACGCGCUCUACAUGAUUGCAUUCGGCGUCUACCAUUACAUGAACUUCCUGGGGUACAGCGCGCUGCCGUACUUGGAGCGGACGGAGGUGUUCCUGUGGCCCAUCGGCCUCAUGCUGCUGGUGCUGCCCUUCUCGGUGCUCUCGGGAUUCAACCCCUCCAUCCGCGCACUCAGCUUCUACUUUGGGUAGCGGAGCAGGCAGCACCAGCAGCGCAGCAGCAGCAACUACCACGCCUUCUGCGCCCAGCUUCUUGCUCGUGGUUUACAACUGAACUUGUAGGGGGUUACCGGUAUGUAAGGAGCCAUGGUUACUGUUUAGUGGGUGCUGUGUACCACGGGGUUGCGGCACCAGAAUGGGAGGUGUGGCACCGCACCACGGGGCACUGCAGCGCACCGGGGACAUGCAGCCCGUCGGGGAGACGGGAGAGCUUGGAGGGCUAGGGAUGAUGAGGGGAAUGAGGAGGAGAAAAUUGUGGCGAUCGUCGCUGUGAGGUCCCUUUUCGCGGGGGUUGGAUGUGUAGCGCAGUGGAGGUGGCGGUGGUGGGGGGAUGCAGGUGGUGGUGUUGGCUGUGGGAGGAAGGGAUUAUCGGAUUUGAGGGGGGUCACCUUUCUAGGGUUUUAAAGGGCACCCCCGCCAGCGCUGGGCAGGUGUAACGGCAUUUUCGCAGAACGCUGUGUGGAUGGAAGCCGCUGCGUGACUUCAUUGUGAAAGGACGCUUGCUGACCCAAGGGUCGUUUGGUGUUUGUCUAGUAACGUGUGUUUUGCGACGGUAUUAUCGACAACAUAUAUUGCGCAUGCACAGCAUAGCGUAGAGGCAGGACCCCAGGGACCAGGGUAGGGAAGCAUUUCAGUUUGCGGAGAGUAGGAGGCAGGGUUAUCCCCUGUGGAAAGGGAGGGUUGCCGCUGGUGUGUGUGCGGUAAUGGUACGGCGCACUUCGUUCCCGCACGCGUUGCCCUUGGGCAGUGGCAGCAGGGUGCGUGAGGGGCAAGGCAAGGCACGCAAGAUGGUAGCGGGA